GAGAUUUCGUUGCUAGACAUGGAGAUUUAGAUAUUGACUAUUACAAGAAAGGAACUUAAUGAAAAAUGGAUGAUGACUACGGACAGAUGUAUGGAGGGGAGGAUUUUAUGGGGGAUAUUGGCCUGGAAGAUGAGGCCAUUUUAGACUAUGAUGAUGGAGAUGAUAACCUUGACCUUGGAUCUGAUGAAGAGGAAGAAAUUGAGUCUUUUGUCGGGGACAGGAAUUAUGAUGAGAGAACCCCAGAACCCACCAUAUCUAAACAAGAACAGCUUCGAAUGAUUCAUCUGAGGAGUCAUCUGAAUCAGUUAACAGAAAAAGUCAAGCACCAUCAGUAUCUUACAGAGAAAACAAGAGAAGAACAAAAGCAAUGUAGAAAUCGUAUGUCUCAACUAGAAACAGAGAGAGACCAAGUCUUCAAGGAAAUACAAGGAGCCGAAUCAGAUAAAAAUACGUCAGCUUUAUACAGACUUAGAUCAAGACAUGAGAGGAUUUGUCAGGAGUUGGAAAAUGAACAUGAACUCGAAAAAAUGAUUGCAGAGAGAUUGGAGCAAGAAGAAUAUGAGCUUGCAAAGGUUGAGGUAGAGAGAGGGAAGUUUUUAUUGGCUGAAGAUGACCUAAUUAAACAAGAGCAGCAGCUGGCCAAAGAAAAAACUGACAUGGCUCUCCAGCGUCUCCGUAAGGAAGAAAUGAAGGCAAAAAGGGCUGUUAAACAACAUGCCAGAAGACAAAGAGAUUAUCAGACAGCUAUGGAAGAACAGAAAAGAAGACAACAAAUGGCGCUAGAAGAUGCAGAGAGAAGUCAUGCUAAACACAGCAAGUUCCUUAAUCAAACCAUGGAAAAGUUGCAGAAAAGGCAGGAAGAGGAAAAUGCUAGGUACAAAGAGAACAUGAAGAAAAAAAUGGAAAUGUUACUGAAAUUGAAAGGAGACAUUACUUCAAAUAGGGAGAAUCUGAAAGCUUUACAUGCCAGAGAUAAAGCUGCCAGCAAAGAGGCGAAACAGAAGGAGGAGGAGGAACGCCAACAAAUCCUCCAGAAGGGAGGCAAUCCAGACGAGAUCCUCCUUAUCAGAAAAAGAAUUGAGGAAUUUGAACGGCAGAAAAAUGAAUUUGAAAAUGAAAAGAAAAUAAAGCAAGCUACUAUAAUGGAGAAAAUUCUGGUUGAGGAAGAUAGACUUAAGAAAAGAAAGAAACAACAACCUCAUCUGUGGACAGAUGUAAAAUCAGACAAGUCAAAGAUCAUUGGGCCACAGAAAAAGAAACCAUUGAAGAUUUUUCGAGAGCUGACAGAUUCUUCCAUUUUUGAUGAGGAUUUUAUGAAAGAAAAUACAUAUAUCAUUGAUGGACCAGAAGAGCAGGCUACACAGAGGGAAGAAGGAAAGGAAUCCAUGAGAGCUGAAACUGCUGGUGAGGACAAAAAGGUCACACCCCUCCCUAUUGAUUCUAGUGACUCCAGUGAUGCGGAGUCAGAUGGAGAAGAAAAGGUUGAUUUGGCAGUACCAGAGUUUGAGGGAUUGUGGGAUCAACACAAACCAUACAGAGUCCCAAAAGACACAGAAUCAACUGUAAAAUUGCCCAAUGGAAGCAAAAUGGAGAAGGAAAUACUUGAGAAAGUGUUGGAUAAACACCGCCAGGGGAUUGUUGUCAAGCAGGUGGCUGCCGGCCGGGAAUUCCAGGGCUGUCCUUUCUACAGUAAACCUGAUGUCAUUCACUUCAAGGAUUUUGAAGUUGGGAAAACUUACAAGAAAAAAGUCACCUUGACCAAUGUUUCCUACACUGUGAAUUACUGCAAGUACAUCAACAUAACUGAGAUGCUGAAGGACUUUAUUGACAUUCAGUUUGACCCACCAGGACAAAUGUCAGCUGGAUUGACGUGUGAAAUGAUGGUCACAUUUAAACCAAUGAUUAACGAGGAUCUAUCUGGAGUAGUUAACUUCCUGUCUCAGACAGGGCCAUUUGCAAUUCCUCUCAAGUGUACCACAAAGAAAUGUGAUUUGUCCACGGACACUUGUCGCAUUGAUUUUGGGACAACAGUGAUAGGAGAGACCCUGAAGAGAACAUUUACCCUUACUAACAAGGGAGCCCUGGGGACAAAGUUCGAAUUCUUCAAGGUCACAGGUCAGAAAGAAAGGACAGUGACCACAGCUGCCACUUCUCUAGGAGGCCUUACAACAGCAGACACCAUUAGAGCAUUCAGCCCAGAUUCAACAUCAGUGGUGGCAAAAAAGGAUGUGACUGCUUCCCUGGAGAAAAAUGUGGCAGAGGAGAAAAAGGCUGCUGAUGAGGCAGACAAGGCUAGUAUGGGAGGUAUGGGGACCUCAGAUGAGCAGAAUAGUACCCAGGCUGCUGGGGAGGGACUCAGUGUGGUGGGUGAGGGAGAACAAGGAGAAGAGGAGCAACCUCUACAGGAGUCCCCUGAUUUGGCCGUCAGUGAGAUGGAGGAUUAUGGGACACUGGAUGGGAUGAAGGUGGGACUGGUGGCAUCUGGAGAGUUAGGUCCCUUUGCCUCCACCAAACUGGAGAUAAUUUGGCAACCCCACAUUCCAGGCCGAGUGGACACUGAGUUCUUGAUCACUUUCACUGACCCCCUGUCUGAUAGUAUCUCAAUCCAAGCUGUAGCCAAUGCUAUAGAUGUACCUGUUUGGGUGGAGAGACAGACGGUAGACCUGAAGAUCUGUAUGUUUGACCGUCUAUAUCAGGACACCAUUAUUGUCAACAAUAGAGCAACAACUGCCUUAAGACUUAAAUUUGAAGUCUGUAAAGAACUGAAGAAUCACCUGGAACUGCUGCCAAAAACAGGAUACAUCCAGGCACAGUCUAACUUUUCUGCACAGAUGAAGUUUCUACCCAGGAAAAGUUUGUUUGAAGAAGCUGGAAAGUAUUUUGACAAAGAAACAGGUGUGCUGGAGGCUCCUAUGAUAAUCAGAGUAGCUGAUCAGACCCAACCAGUUCCUUUCACUGUCCAAGCUGUUUUGACCACAUCGGACAUGGAGUUUGACACCACUGAUAUAGACUUUGGCUGCUGUACCAUAUACGAGUCAACAAAAGCCAAAAUAAAGCUCACAAACAAAUCCAUACUUCCCCAGGAAUUUGGUUUUGUCGGCCACCCUGAGUUUGUUGAGGUGCAACCCAAUGAUGGGUUUGGAACCUUGCUGCCAUUGGAAACAAUUGACCUGGAAGUUAUAUUUAGUCCCAAGAAAGCCAAGGAUUACAAAUUCGAACUGAACUGUAAAUCUUUGAUAAACAGGGAGUUUAAGAUCCAGUGUAAGGGAAUAGGAGUCCACCCUCCUUUGGAAAUGUCUCAUCAGGUGGUGCACUUCUCUGCCACCCCCCUGUAUGAUGUGUCCACUGCCUCCUUCCAUGUCAUAAACUCCCACACAAGUACAAACGAAUUCACUCACCCUGUCCCCCGAAUUGGAAAAGGUGAGAUAGCUCCAGUUGGCCCCACUUCCUUUGAGUUUGUAGUUCCAGAGGGUGUUCCAGUGACUAUAUCGCCAUCUGUUGGCACUAUUGAACCUGGAAAGAAAUGCCCAGUGUGGGUGAGAUUUGCACCAGAACUAAAUGAUCUAGACAUUAGGAAGGAGGCAGUCAGAAUGGCCACUAAGGCUUUAGAGGCCCAGGCCGAGAAGGAAUUUGAGGAGAGACAGAAGAGAGAGAGGGAGGAGGCUGACCAGGCUCUGCAAAAAGCUAUAGGCAAAGGAGGAAAAGGAAAAGAUGCUAAAUCUCCUACAAAAGGCAAAGGUAAAACUUCUCCAGCGCCAUCUCUAACUGUGUCUGGACCAAGGCCAAUAACUCCCCCAACUGUGGACACUAUUUCCAAAGACUCCCCUGCGUAUGCUUCUGCAAAAGCCAGCCUUCUGCGACAGUACAGAGGAAGCUUCAGGACUGUCACCAUUCCUUGUUAUGUUGCCAGCGGCAAAUGUGGAAACCCAGGAGAACUUCCCUACAGUGUCCACAACACACUGUAUCUUGAGGUCCAUUGCCCAGUUGUGAAGCCCACACUAGUUGUGAUUUCUGACAAUGGUAAAUCAAUACUAGACUUUGGAGAAGUGUCUCUUGGUCAAAAUAUCAUCAAGUCUGUCACCAUACAGAACAUAUCCAACAAAACUGUAGAGCUUACAUCCUCCAUAUUGAAUACUGGUGGACCUUUCCUGAUGCUGAAUGCUCUAAGAGUUCUGCCACCAGAUGGCACUCAUACCAUACUGAUCUCCUACACUCCAGAAAAGGGAGAAGUGUUCCAUGAGGUUUUGGAGAUACAGACAGGACACACAGCUUUACACAUCACACUGACAGGAAAAGGAGUCAGUCCUAUGAUUGAGAUCAACAUGCCCAUGCAGAAUGGGGUUCUAGAUAUGGGAGCUGUGUUAGCAGGGGAAUACUUAGAAAGAACCUUUAAACUGAUGAACUCCUCUUCCCUGUCUAUAGAUUACUCUAUCAAGUUAGAUAGUCUGUCUCUACAGCGGCACAAUGAAGCUCAAGUCAUUCCAGCAUUUAUACAGAGAAACAAAACUAAUCCUCUCAGUGUGGGUUCACAGAACAACAAUGGUCAGAAUGUAUUUGAUUUGGUUCCCGCGGAGGGGACGGUGCCUCCUGGUAGUAGCAUUGACCUCACUGUGACCUUUGCCCCUGAUCACCCUAGUGACCAUUACUCGGAUGGAGUCCGCAUUGAACUUUUCGGAAAGCCAAAUGUUGUUUAUCUUGGAGAACAGAAAGAGGAAACACAUAAUUUCAUGAUCAAAGGAAUGGCCAAACCUAGGAUUAUGUUUGUGGAUGGCACGGAUGAAAGAACCCCCGAGAUAGAAUCCCUGGCAGAGGAGACCCCAGUACCCACGGAGGACGAAGAUGGAAAACUUUUGCCUACUCCUGUUUUGUUCACACUUAGAAGUAUAGCUAAAGAGAACGACUUUAUCCCUGCGUCCCGUGACCUGAUUGUGGGGUGUGUGAGGACAAUGGCCGUCAGUCAGAAGAAGAAUGGUGAAUUCCAGUUCGAAAAUGUGCAGCUUAUUACUCAAAAAGGUUUCAAUAUUGAACCACAGAAAGGUAUGGUCGAGGCUGGUGGUCUAAAACCUGUCACAUUUACAUGGACUCCACCUGCUGGCCAUGAUCCUAACACCCCUGUGGAGACCAGUGUGAUGUUAACUCUAAAAGGAGAUGUGACGGAACAAGUCAAAGUCAUGUUACGAGCAUUUGUUGUUUCUGAAUGAAUAUUCCAAGUUCACCCUCUCUAGCAAUUCUGUGAUACAAUUUGAACUUCUAAACAAAAAGUUUUCUAUAAAAGAUGUUUAAUGAGAAAAAGAUUUACUUUUACGUUCAAGUGUUUAAUGUUCAAACUUUUGUGGAUAAAGUGAUUGAA